CAAACUUUGAAACCACAACUACUGAAAAAGGAAGGUGUCCUGCAACGAUGCAAAAUCAGAAGGGAAGAGAGAUCAUGUGGAGUCACGUCUGCUUGUACUCUUUCUCAGGAGUCGUUAUUGUAUUAGAGAAAGUGGCACUUGUCUUAUGCUUCCUGUACUACCUCUGGAUAGAGAAGGACCUGCUGGCUUGGCUGACUCUGGGUCUAUGUUUGCCUGCCAUCGCUGUGCAGCUACUUAGUCUGAAGUGGUAUAUUACAGAUACAGAAAAACACAAGCCUUCAAUCAUCUUUGUGCACUGCCUGCAUCUGGGGAUCUUUCACAGGUUAUGGGAAUGCAUGAAGUCUCAGAGAGGGCAGGUUGAUUCUGGGGCAUUGUUAAUACAGCAGGCCGAUGUGUCUGCUCUGUGUUUGAUCGAAUCUCUGUCACUCAGCUUGCCUCAAAGUCUACUGCAGACAUACAGUUUAUUCACUCUUCACACUGGCUUUCUGACACCAGUGACCUUGUGUGUUGGGCUGAGCCUGCUAAACGUGUCCUGGUUCCUGGCCCUGUACAGCCGAUCAUGCUUAUUGCUCCGGCCUGGUCACCUGCAUAUGACCCCUGCUGCUAUGUUGUGCCAGCUCAUAUGGCGAGGUGGCAUGCUGGGCGCCAGGGUUGCCAGCCUUAUGUUUUUCUGCAGUAUAUUUCAUUGGUGGGCCUGUGGGGUCAUGGGUUUCCACUGGCUCAUAAUGACAUUCUGGCUAGUGUCUCAGCAGACAGAAAUCUGUGUUAACCGCAGUUCCUGGCGUUUCUUCAACUUAGUUUUGGGAGCUAUACACAUUUUUCUGUUCUUCAACGUCAAAGAUGGCCCCUCGCGGUAUCGCAUGGUUGGGUUCUAUUUGUUAAUGAUGUUGGAGAACACUUUCCUUCUUCUUCUGGCCUCAGAUUCAAUCAGUGAACCUUCAUGGAAUAGUAUGAGCUUUCCUGUGGCUGUCCUGUGCAGCUUCUUUAUUGGUGUCAUUUUUGUUGUUCUUCACUACCGAUUUCUUCAUCCAAAAUCUACUGAGAUCCUUCAUAGCUUAAGACUUCAAAUGAGCAUGACCGCUAUUGAGAGAACAGAAUCUGAUCUACAGCGCAGGGAGACUACACUUGAAUCCUGUACAAAUAGACAUGGCACAUUCUCUGUCACUGGUUUUGCUCCAGAGAAGCAUGAAGAAGCCUGUUCUACUCAACCUCUAGAGGACUGCGGGCACCAUCAUCAUAUGUUACUUUUCCUUGCUCUCAAAACUGGAACCCCAAGCAAGAUCGAGCGCCUUUGUCAAGCACUUUCAGUCUUACCAGGGAAUGAUAAUGUGACAGACGCACAUUCUGGAUUAAAAGGUUAUAAUCAGCUGCCGUUGGAUGUAAAUGAACAUUUUGAAAGUUUACCUGACCAUGCUGUUGAAAACAGAGGGGAUGCUGAACAUGUUGAGAGACUCGCCGGUGCUGAGCUCAGAGAGUCUCCAGACGGCCAAUCUAAGAUGCUGAAGGAUGCGGUUUACAACACAUGUCCUGUAGAUGGCAGCAGUACUGUUUACUUUAGUGCAGAACCUCACUCUUCUUAUAGUGUUGAUGAUGGUACUUUAGAAAAAGAGAACAUGACUGUAAUAAGUCCUAUCAUAACUGGAGCUGCACGGCACCUGACUGCCAAAGAAUUAUUAAACAGGAACCCAUGCUUUACCUCAACUCCAAUACCAGACCUCAAAACCAUGCACAAUACAAGUCCUCGAUUAGGGGGAGUUAGGAGACAGGUCAAUUUUUAAUGUUAGAUCAUUAAAAUGUGUGGAAAAGGUUGGUUUAAUUUGGAAUACAGUGUAUUAAGUUUUUCUGCCUUCUCAAUCAUAUUAUACUAACAAUUAUAGCCACAACUAAAAAAGCUAUUGUCUGUAUUUUUACUCAUAGUUAUAGUAUCGUUAUCAUUGGUACGACUAGUUAUAAUCUCAGUGAUAUCAGAUUAGUUUACAUAUAUUUUUAUAUUUCA